GAAUGGCUCGUCGACUACUAGGUGCUGACAGUGCAACUGUCUUUAAUAUUCAAGAGCCUGAAGAGGAAACGGCUAAUCAGGAGUACAAAAUCUCCAGCUGUGAACAGAGACUCAUCAGUGAAAUAGAGUACAGACUAGAAAGGUCUCCUGUGGACGAAUCAGGUGACGAAGUUCAGUAUGGGGAUGUGCCUGUGGAAAAUGGAGUGGCACCGUUCUUUGAGAUGAAGUUGAAACAUUACAAGAUCUUUGAGGGAAUGCCUGUGACUUUCGCAUGUAGAGUGGCUGGAAAUCCAAAGCCAAAGGAGUACAAAAUCUCCAGCUGUGAACAGAGACUCAUCAGUGAAAUAGAGUACAGACUAGAAAGGUCUCCUGUGGACGAAUCAGGUGACGAAGUUCAGUAUGGGGAUGUGCCUGUGGAAAAUGGAGUGGCACCGUUCUUUGAGAUGAAGUUGAAACAUUACAAGAUCUUUGAGGGAAUGCCUGUGACUUUCGCAUGUAGAGUGGCUGGAAAUCCAAAGCCAAAGGGCCGCAUCAGUUGUACUGGACGGCUGAUGGUACAGGCUGUCAACCAAAGAGGUCGCAGUCCCCGCUCUCCCUCAGGCCAUCCUCAUGGCCGCAUCAGUUGUACUGGACGGCUGAUGGUACAGGCUGUCAACCAAAGAGGUCGCAGUCCCCGCUCUCCCUCAGGCCAUCCUCAUGUGAGAAGGCCUCGUUCUAGAUCAAGGGACAGUGGCGAUGAAAACGAACCCAUUCAAGAGCGAUUCUUCAGGCCUCACUUCUUGCAGGCUCCUGGGGAUCUGACUGUUCAGGAAGGAAAACUCUGCAGAAUGGAUUGCAAAGUCAGUGGGUUACCAACCCCAGAUCUAAGCUGGCAACUAGAUGGAAAGCCAAUACGCCCCGACAGUGCUCACAAGAUGCUCGUGCGUGAGAACGGGGUGCACUCUCUGAUCAUAGAGCCAGUCACGUCACGAGAUGCCGGCAUCUACACGUGUAUAGCCACCAACCGAGCAGGACAGAACUCCUUCAGCCUGGAGCUUGUGGUUGCUGCUAAAGAAGCACACAAACCUCCUGUGUUUAUUGAGAAGCUGCAAAACACAGGAGUUGCUGACGGGUACCCCGUACGGCUAGAAUGCCGUGUUUCAGGAAUGCCACCGCCUCAGAUAUUUUGGAAGAAAGAAAAUGAAUCACUCACUCACAGUACUGACCGAGUGAGCAUGCACCAGGAUAAUCACGGCUACAUCUGCCUGCUCAUUCAGGGAGCCACGAAAGAAGACGCUGGGUGGUAUACGGUGUCAGCCAAGAAUGAGGCGGGGAUUGUGUCCUGUACUGCCAGGCUGGAUGUUUACACCCAGUGGCAUCAGCAGCCACAGAGCACCAAGCCAAAGAAAGUGCGGCCCUCAGCCAGUCGCUAUGCAGCACUUUCGGACCAGGGACUAGACAUCAAAGCAGCGUUCCAACCUGAAGCCAGCCCAUCUCACCUGACACUGAACACUGGCUUGGUAGAAAGUGAGGACCUGUAAUCCAACAUGCUUGUUACAGCUGAAACACUGAAACAGCCAUCGCCGUGACCAAUGUAGUCCUUUGUCACAUUAUGUAAAAGGCAGAAACAUACCUUUGACUGUCAGAAAUAAAAAACAACACCAAAAUAAUAUUUUUCUUACUUGAUAUACCAAACUUAGAGUUGAAGUAGUUGAUGCUAAUAGAAAUGUACACAUUACACAGAAAAUUCACAUUUAUUGUCCAAUUUAAAACUUUUGGAAAUGCUGUGAUUUAAAGUGGCCUGAAAUGCCAAAACGCUAAAGGAAAUCAGUUGUUCAAAGGUAACCACAAUUGGUACUAUCUACAGCUGCCUUUAAACACAAGCUAUAGGUACUACAUAGCAUGAUAGUGUGAAAUGUUGAACAUGAGGCAAUUGUACCGCAAAUAAUGCUACAGUGACUAAAUGCAUGCAUUCAGUUACAGUGAACCAAGUGCAAUAUGUAAGGAUGAAAAAGGAAGAGGAACUGACAAAGAAAUCCAAGCAAAUGCCUUGUCUUUUGCAAACUGUUUUAUAUUAAAUCAUAAUGAAGAAACUACUUGCCUUAAAUUUUACUAUCAAGAGUUUUCUAACAAGGUUAAUACCUUAGUUCUUAACCUCUUUUUCUUUAUAUGUGUAGUAUUCUCUUUUCAUGCUACCUUGGUAGGAAGCUUAUUUACAAACCAUAUUAAAAGGCUAAUUUAAAUAUAAAUAAUAUAAAGUAUUCUGAAUAAAGCAGAAAUAUAUUACAGUUCAUUCCACAAAAGGCAUCCAACCAUCCAAAUGACCAAGGCAUACAGUAUUUGGAGGAAACGGGUUUGGAAGGAGUAGGGAAGAGAAUGAAGGAAAAUGCCACUAGCACAAUUAUAUUGUAUUCAUUUAGAUAACAGUAGAAGGGCCAGAGAGGUGGUGAGGGCCAGGCUUUUCUUUGGUUUUCUUCAAAAUUGAUCUUAACAUAUAGGGGAAAAAACACUGCCAUUCACAAGUCAAGCAAUCUAGGGUCAGCUGGAAACUUGGAGCACGUGUGCUAUGGAGAUUUCAGUGUCUGAAGUUUGUGUAGUAGUUGAAGAUUUUAGAUGUGUUGAGCAAGUUGAAAAUGGAUUGAGACUGCAAGAGUGGCACAAGUGAGAAAUUGCCUGUAGGAUCUAGUCUAUUGAGGACAAUGGGGACUUGAGGAAAGACAAAAACAGGUUUGUGCCGUAAUUAUUUUUUUCAGUGGCACCAAGAUACAGUGAAUGGAAAUUAUUAGCUCACUUCCCUGCUGUCAUGAAACCUUGCCUUAGGAAGGUGCGGGGUUCCAGUAGUUUGUAAAGGCAUCUCAGCAAAGACUGCUUUUUGAAUGCAUAUGAUCCUGCAUCAGCUAGACUGAGUUGAUUCUGACCAGACUUGAUGGUUUUAAGUCGGAACCAAUAAAUUUUAAAAAGGAGAAAAAAUGAAUUGGCCUAAUAAUAAAACAUGAGGCUUAAUGGUACUUUGCUAUUAAAAGAAAACACUGUAUUCCUUAUGCAAAACACAUGUAUCUUUCACUAUUUAUAAUAAAAGUGUUGAACUCUCUUAGCUCAGUUACUCAAUUCAUAAGUAGUAUUUUUUUAAAUAAUUUUAUAUCUGUGUACCACCCCAUAUAUUUCAUAGUACUGCUUCACAUGUACAGCUUUCUACUUCUUUGUAAGAACACCAACCAACCAAGUUUUAAAUGAUUAACAGGCUUGCGCACCGGGUGGCAGAUGUUCUACACAGUGUGGUACAAGUUUCUUUGACCGCCUUACAUGCAUUGCUAAUAUGGGAUGUAAGAUACCAUGCAAAGUCUCUCAUGGACCUUCUGUAUUGUAGAAUUAUGACUUAUGUCAUACCUUACUUGCCAAAUUUUUCUGAAUGUGACUUCUUUUGCUAAUUUGCUGGGUUUGGGAUUAACUAGCAUUAUUUUGCCACCUUUUAUGUUGUAUUUAUACAAAAAAAAUACUAUCAUACUACUUUGGAUUGUUGUGCUGGUGUAAUGUGGAUUUAACAUCAAUAAAUAUUUAACAAAUAAUAGUUGCAAUUUUGUGAA